AUGUCUACACAACAGCUCUCCUUCGCGACACUUGACGUCUUCACGUCGACCAAAUACACCGGGAAUCCCUUGGCCAUCGUCAAUGUUCCUCAAUCCACGGUGCUCUCACAGGACCAAAAGCAACGUAUUGCCCGAGAAUUCAACUUGUCUGAAACGGUGUUUCUCCAUCAACAAACGGAGCAAGAUCUUAAAGACGACUCCGUUAGAAUCGACAUCUUCACGGCCUAUGCCGAAAUCCCAUUCGCGGGCCAUCCGACUGUCGGCACAGCGAAUUAUCUCCUCCAAUUCCCAAAUCACAGCUCUUCCCGACACGUCAAAGCCUUGCAAGCAAAAGCAGGUCGUAUUGGUGUUAUUCUGAACUCCGCCAUUGACGGCGUGCAAAUCUCCGUUGCGCAUCAUGUCCACGUCCACAACUCGCCGUUCGCCGAUAAACCGUUCGGGAAGUACCCCGUCGUCAGCAUCGUGGAGGGUAUGACGUUCAUCCUGGCCCUGCUGCCCGAUCUCGAGACUCUAGGCCAGCAGUGGCAGAACCUCCUGGGCGCCGAAAACACGUAUACUUCGCAAGACGCGCUGGAUGAGGGUUGGCGCGUAGGCAUGGUCCCUACGUAUUUCUACGUCGACACGGGCACUACCACCGAUAUUUCAGGAGCGACUGUCCGCACGUUACGCACCAGGAACUUUGGGUCACGCGAAGAUCCGGCCACAGGCAGUGCGGCGAGCGCGUUGACAUCGUAUCUCUCGCUCAUGAAGAGGAAGGCUGGAACGUACAAGUACCAGCUUACGCAGGGCGUGGAGAUGGGCCAACGCAGUGAGAUUUUCGUCGAAGUCAGCGUCAAGGAUCGUCAAGGCGGCGAUGAGGUAGAGAUCGAACAAGUCUUGUUGAGCGGGUGCGCAGUGCUGGUUAUGCAAGGGACACUCGAUGUUCCUCCUCCUUAA